UGUAAGAGUGUCUAUUCAUUGCCAGAGCAAUUUCUUCUAUGAAUUAACGGACAAGCUAUUUGUUUUAACCUCAAUGUUUUGAGUAGAAAAGUAGUGAUCAUUUGUAAGAUGAAAGUUUCAACACAAUGGCCGAUUUCACCAGGUGAGGGCUGUUCCGAUGUCAUAAUAUCGAGUGGUGAGCAAAUGUCUAGAAACCACGAAAUGUUGUGAAUUCAGGUUUUCUGCCACACCUCUUGUUCUUGCUCUAGUAGAAUUUACAAAUGUAAAGAGUUGUGUGAAAUUUGUCAAUACUUUCAAAUGAAGUUAUCCAUGCGAUACUGUCUCAACAUAUCAUUUCGAUCAUAUAAUGAAGAACAACUAGUUAGUCGUAUGUUUUACAGACGAAACACGUGAUUAGCAUUAUUCCAUUGAUUCUCGAUUACUAGCCAAUCAUGACAUCUAUAACUGUGCUGUGAUCAAUAAUUAUGAACGUCUUUGAAGUAUGACUGGAAGAAAAUUCGAAAUAAGAUUGAUUUACCAAAUACGAUAUAUGUUCAAUAUUGAUUUCGUUUUAAUUCAAUGUGAUAACUGCUCUCUAUAUUGUCUGUCUUGUUUUGUCGUAAGCUAAUUAAUCUUCAUUUGUAACCGUUUUUAUGAUUCGCAGUGGCUCUGUAUUAGAGAGGUUAGUUGUGGUUCCACCGAAGAAGUGGUAGUUGAUUCUCAUACGGCGAAAUUGAGUGAUAUGAGAUUGAUCCACAUAAUGAAUACUGAUUUCUUCAAGAUUGAGGAUACGCUUCAUUGACCUGUACCAGGCACCACGAUAUCAGGCGUCACUAUUUUCUGGCGGUAGAUUACAAACAUCCAACUUUCUCUGAAUCAGUCAAAAUACCUUCUAAUUAGCAUUACCUGAAUACACGAAUUCGAAACUGUUGAGGCAGGCAUACAUGACAUGCUAUUAAAAUAUUCAAGUACGAGUGUUUCCUUAAAAAGAAACUUAUUUAAAUUCCGUUGCAAAAUUAGGGCGACUUAAGAUACCUCAUGAUACUUCCAAAAUAUAUUUGGUCUGCUGUAACAUGUGAUCAUGUCAGCAAUCAAGUGUGUCUAUCCAGAUAAAUGUGCAUCGACCGAUUAACCUGUCACUGAUGUUGGCGUAAAACUAUAAGAAGAACGUAUUGUGGAUUAUGUUAUCAGGAUGCUUAAACACAGUCUCAUAAUGAAACUUUUUGAAUGCCCAAUGCAAGCGGUUGCAUCGUUCAUCAAAUUAAGGAAUAGACAGCAAAAGCCUAUGUGAUGUCGGUGCUUGAAAUACUUGAAAACAAUAAUGUAUGUGACAGCAGGUUUACACUACUGUGCAUCUAAUGGACAAAAAUUGGUAAAUUGUAAUAAUUGACUAUUUUAAUCAGUAAAAGUUGAUAGUGUGGUAAGACAGCUGAAGAAUGAAGUGAAGAACGUAACACUUGUGUACACAGGAUUCCGAUGUGAAAUGGUGAGCCAUUCUAGCUUCGUCAGUGCACAAACCUCUCAUUUGAACCUAUUGUGAUCCGGUUGAUUUUAGUUUUCGGGAGAUUUCGAACGGCGAUUUGCAAACUGUGUGUGACCUCAAUUGAAUACGUGUUGGAGAAUGUGAAUAAUUUGGGCAAUUAUCUGAGUUGGAUGCUUCAAAUAUGCUGACAACACUUCUCAAUGAACUAUUGUCAUUUUAACAUGUUCUUGAUGAGUGCCAGAUAACUGGAUAACAUUCUUUCAUAUUUCCUUUGUCUGAACAAUCCGUGACCUCCUCUUGUUCAUGGUGAUUUCGUUAAACUAAACAACACUCUUCUACAUUUUAUCACAAACAACCAUAUAUAAUUGGAAAAAAGGACCAAAUGCCAACAUGCGAGCAAACUGAUCUCGGGCUUGUCAAUCAACUGAAAUUUCGAUCAACACUCGAGAUAGAAUGAAGCAAGAAGAAUCGGUCCAGCUUAGUGACAUGAAUUCAUUUUAAUAGAGUCAUGCAUCUUCAUCUGCUAACUACACGGAAUCGAUGGGAUCAAUUAUUCACAAAGCCAAACAUGCAAAUUAUUAUACUUUAAAAUGCUGAAUGAUGAACCGUUGGUUUUUAAAAACGUCAAUCUGUGAAUUGCAAUCUUAGAAAAAUAAUCAAAGUCAAUGGAUUGGUGCUAGAAUUGAAGCGAAACUUUUGAUAUUUGGGUAGGCGCAGUUGGAUGUUCUGAGAACGAAGAGGAUUUCAUUCAAUUCUACAUCAUGAAGAGUCAGUAGAACAUGUGCUAAACUCACAGCAGAUGAUGUUCUGAACGUAAUCCGACAAACAUUUCCGGACAAUGGAUUUCAUACAAUCUCAAUUAUUAACAGUAAUCGCACACAUUUAUCAAAUUGAAGUGUUGCCCUUCUAUUGACUGAAUUUAGGUGUGUUCCAUCCUUCCUCGAAGAAUAAUUAGGAAUGACAACUGUGGAUCGGCGAAUCAGUCACGUUCAGUUCAGCGGAUUAGAUUUCUAUACAUCUUUGUACUGAAUAAAACACGAGUGUAGACAACCGACAGUAUUUGAACACAAAAUUACAGAAUUUCUCACCAAAAUCUGAGAACUGUACCGAAAUUAGUCAAUUCGCAAAAUAUCACUCAAUUAUCAUAUAAACUGUACUGUUCCCUUUGUAUUAUCAGUCCAUCAUCUCAGAUUCCAUUUUUCUGUAUUUUCAUACCGAUCAAUAUUCGUUUUCAUGCUUACUCUGAUAGUUGGAAAGCAUGUUUGAACUGAUUUAGAAGACAACAGAUUGGAACUUUUACGUCAAAUUCAUGGCCACAUUUCUUGUAAGGAAACUGCUGAAUCACAGCUGUUCACGAACGACGGUGUAACCAAUUACUAUUCUACACAAUGUUGGUGAUGAUUAUCCACUGAACGCUAUCCUAUUGCAGUAAAAUGGAUCGAAAUCGAUGUCCGUACCACCACAAGGUGGUUGAUAAUUGGAAAGCAUGUUUGAACUGAUUUAGAAGGCAACAUUGUCCGAACACUACGUGUUAUUCUCGAUGAACUGUAUUCGUUUGACUUGAACACAAUAUGUGCUCAUUUAUUCCUCAUAGAAUAGUUUAGAAUGAGCACUGUGGAUUGACAAUUCAGUCACGAUUAUGCGUUUGAAUAUUACAAAAAGUAUCACAUCUACUUGAAUUCUGUUAAUUCAAUGUUUGAUUAAAAAUAAGAAAUAUGUUUUCAGGAAGUGAAAAUAAAGAAAAUAAUAGAGUACAUUUACUCAGAGCGUGAUUUGCAAAUACCUGUCUAUUGACCUCGUUUGUUUUACUCGGAAUAUUCUUUUAUCUUAUUUGUCAUCAUAUUCUGUCUAGCUAUUCAUUUAUACGGUAUUCUCUCCUUCUUUACAAACCCAAUAUGUAUCUCAUUUAGAAUAAUCAUUGUCGCAUUCUAAUGAUGCUUUCAUGCGACUGAUGAUCACCUACGCUCGAAGAACGGAGAUGAAUUAAAUAUGCAUUUUAUGAAUGAUUUUUACCACUUUACUAAACAUAUUAUCAUAAGUAGAAACAAAUAUUUGGUCGGUCAAAAAGCUUGUGGUUUCCGAAAAUAUUUUAGUCGGAAUUUCAUACCCUCAGUACUGAUCUCAUAAAUGAAUAUGUUCACUGUAUAUGAUGUCGAAAACUCAACCAAUGUCAAGACAAAUUAAGUGACAUAAGCAGUUCAUUCAAUCAGCAUGAUUCAAUACAAUCUACACAGUGAAUUAUCACGUUCAUUAUUAAUUUCCGCGAUGUUUACAUUGAAUUCAAACAAUUUGGACAAUCAUCUUCCUCACCAGUUCUAUGUAAUUCGUCAAUACUGUUGAUUCAGCAUGACAUUUGUCUGAAACGAUGAGACCAUUCGAUAUUUCUGAUGGAUUCUGCUGUUACGGGAGCACUGAAGACAUUUGGUUAAUUAAAACCUCUUUAUUAUAAUAAUAAUGAUAAUUUAUAUUCUGAAGAAUAAUAAUUACAGAAUUCACGCCAGUUUACAGGCAUGAUCAACUUGAUAUAAAUAAUAAUGUUAGACGUGCAGAACAAACGUGUGAUAAAAGAAAGUUUUAAGUAUACUAGUUCAGUAGUUCUUUAAGUAGUACAUAUAUUACAGCGAUCCAAUGCAUCAGCCGGGAAUUUAUAACAUUUCUUAAAUGGACAGCCUGUUGAUUUAUGAACGGUGUAAUUAAGGUCAAGUCGUGUGCCAGAUCGAAAUAAUGAUAAUUAUCUACAACUAGAGAAAUUAAAACGAAAACAGAGAGCACGGAACAAGAAAAAAGUAAUUACCAAAAUAUAUCAAUCCGGUCCAUCUAAAUGAGUGUGUCAUGUGACACGAUGAUAUACUGUUUAUGUUAUUCAAAUUAGUUAAAAUUGCUAGGGGCGGUGUUAAAUUAUUGACAGCAAGUGGGUGGUUUUACUAAGGGAAUUCACUAAUAAAGAUGGCUCAACAUUUAAGGUUCCUAAAAUAUCACUUGUGGAAUGAGAUACACUUAAAGGCGCUAGGCCGUGCAAUGCAUUUUCAGCGGAGCAGUAUGAAUCGAUGCACCGAACAAAUAAUGGGAGUGAAUGUAUCGUGCGGAUAGAUUGUGGUAGGUUAUUCCAGAGUCUAGGAAAUUUACAGGUGAAGUAAUUCAUAUAAAGAGAUGAUUUAGAAUGAGUUUGUUUCACUAGUGCCAAGGAAUUACGGAUGUCAUAAUAAGAAGUUUCUGCAUACUGAAUCGCGUGAUCGGAUGUAAACGAUAGUUUAUGAAGUAGUUUGAAGAAAAAGAUAGGAUUUAGUUUGAGUCUCCUCCUCCAUAAAGGGUCUAGCCCAAGUUUAUUACAUCUAGAAUUAUAAGUUGAGGUACAAUCAGCUCCAAGAAUACGAAGUGUAAAUCGUCUCUGUACUGAUUCCAGCCUUAAUUUAUCCUUUAUGAGCGCACUGCUAAGAAUAAACGUGCAAUAUUCUAGAAGAGGCCGAGCACAAACUUUGUACAUUAGAAUACGUGACUCAGUGUUGUAAAGAUUUCGAGUUAUGUAACCUAUUGGGCAUUGAGACUUAGAGGUCUGUUUUAAUAAAUGUUCUGUAAACGACAAGUCUUGGGAAUAUCUAAGUCCUAAGUCUACUACUGUAUGUAACCUAGAUAACACUUCUCCAUUUAUGGUAAUGCCGAAGCACAUCCAUCCACAUUUAGCCGUAUUAAGCUCCAGUUGCCAUUUUAAGCACCACUGUGCUAACUUGUUAAGCUCCAUGCUGAUGCAAUUCUGCAUAUUUUUCAGGUAAUGUGGAGGAAAUGAAUAUACUACUUUGAGAUCAUCUGCAUAUAGAAGGGGCUUACCGACACAAAAACUUUCACAAACAUCAUUGAUAAACACUAAAAAGAGCAAAGGACCUAAGACACUACCUUGUAUUACACCACUUCUAACUGGGACAGCGUUAGACAAUGAAGAGUUAAUUUUAACUAUUUGAUGUCGAUGGCUGAGAAAGCAAUCACGCCAAACAAGCAAAGGAUUUUGAACCCCAUAAGAUGCGAGCUUACCUGUAAGAACUUGAUGGCUAUCCAUGUCAAAGGCUUUAGAAAUGUCCAGAUAUAGCGCUAAGACUAUAAAUCCUUGGCUACGUAGAGAAUAGACUAAAUUAAAGAAGUCAAAAUUACAUGUCAUGCAAGAACGAUUUUUAAGAAAUCCAUGUUGAGUAUCAUUGAUAAGUUUUCCAGCAAGUAAAAAGUUGGAAAGUUCAUCACUUAUAAUUUUUUCCAUAAUCCUAGAAAUAACUGGAGUGAUAUUUAUUGGCCGGUAAUUGUUCAUGUCAGUCUUAUCUCCAGAUUUGUAACGUGGUAUGAUGUACGCGGUUUUCCAACAGUAAGGGUAAGAACCGGCUUCCAUAGAGAGAGCAAACAGCUUUAGAAGAAGAAGUGAAGUAUCUGGAUCACCAUAUUUGUAGAGAAAUGAUGAAAUCCCGUCUACUCCAUGACCUUUCGAAAGCUUAAGGGUAUUUAUAGCCUUAUUAAUUUUCAUGCAUGUGAAGGAGAUAGAUUUUAUUGAGUUGCUAGUCACGCACAUAACUCUUGAAGCAUAGCUACUUAUGUUUUCUACACCAUUCGCGAAUCUACCACUGAAAAGGUCGGCCAUGGAUUUAGAGUCGUAUAUAAAAGUGCUAUUAUGCUGGAUGCACGAUAUAUCAACAUUUCGAGUUGCUUUAGUGCGUUUAUUGAAAAGGAGAGUUACGUUUUGUACUUUCGAGUUAGUAUUAAGGGCUAACAGCUCCUUAUUAAUGGAUUUUAACCUAUGUUUCUCUUCAAUUUGAUUAAAAAUUAUUGUUAUUUGUGCAACUGCUGUGAAGUUGUUUGACUUAAAAUAACGAUUCUGUAGGCGUUUUAGUUUAUUACGAUAUUUAGCUGGUAUAUAUAAUUCGUAAGGUUUACUAAACCUGUACGUUUUAAGAGGUACAAUGAAAUCUAAACAAGAGUUAAUGAUCAGAUAGAAUUCGUCGAUAGCAUCCAUGGGACUAUUACAUGGAAAAACGUUAUCUCAGUCUGAAGGUUUAAUCAAUGAAUGCAGUAGGUCCUAGUCAGCAUGCUUAUAGUCUCUAUAUUGACAGGUUUUUUGAAGGAGUGGGUUAUGAGAGAGACAGAUAGGGAGAGCGCAAACUACUAUCUUAUGGUCACUGCUUUCAAAUUCAUCAUAUACUUUUACAGGUGGUGGGAUAACAUCUCUACUAAAUAUUAGAUCGAGUAUACUAUCGCCUCUAGUUGGGGCACGAACUCACUGUGACCAGCAGUGCAUGUUAAUGGUUGCCGAGAACUCAUCAUUUCAUGAAGGACAAAUACCGGUACUCCAGUUGAUCCCAGGAUAAUUGAAAUCCACAGUGAUAACCUUAGCAUUAAAGUUUAGAGAGGAUGCAUGUAUGAAUGCAUUGAUAAUAAGAUCACUCCCACUAUUCGGACUAUCAGGAGCUCUGUAUAUGCAUCCAAGGAGUAGACUAUGAUUCAGGGUGUUGACUGAUAUCCAGACUGAUUCUGGUAAACUAUUCAGGACACUAUCUUCAACUUUAUUAGUUGUUAGGGUAUCCAAAGCAUAUAUAAUACAACCACCUCCUCGCCUAGUUUCUCUGUCACAGCAAUAGAGUCGAUAGUUCUGGAUAUUCAAUUCUGAAUUCGAUACUGCUUCAGGGCACCAUGUUUCAGUGAUAAGUAUGAAAGAAGGCUUGGCUAGAAAAGCUAAUGUUUUCAAGGCUGAAAUUUUGUUCAGAAGUGAACGUGCAUUGAUAAGUAAUAAGUUUAAAAAGGGAUUGUAGUGUGUAAAAAACUGAGAGCUUCUCUAUCGACUUUGUGUAUUUUAGAUUUGCGUGGACCAUGGUUUAAUAUGGUUGGUUAUAUGAGCUAUCGCUUGAACAAACUGUAUUGCUAGUGGGACCAUGGAUUUCGGAAGGCCAAAAUAAUCAUUAUUUUGAUAAAGUGGGUUAAUUUGUUGAACUUGAUUAGGCGGACAGUUAAGUGCUGAGAAUAGUUAUGUCUUAAAGGUUUAUUAUUUAAAGCGUUCGAUGUUGAGUAACCUAGUAAACCACCUUGCCCAAUGGGAAAGUGUUGAGAAUAGUUACGUCUCACAGGUAUGUUAUUUAAAACGUUUGAGGAUAACCGUAGGGUGCGUUGGUUCAUUGUGGUCUGUCCAAUAUUAGGCCUGCUUACAUAAUGAUUGCAGUGGCCAUCUUGUGAGAGAUUUGAACCAAGUCUGCCGUUAUAACCUCCCCUACAAUGCGUAAGGUAAAGCAUGGUGUCGGGAAGUACAGUCUUAUUUUUAUUUGGUACAGUCAUCGUAGUAUUUUUGAUACUGGGUCUAGAACCAGAAGGUUCUGUACUUACAUUCUUCUUACGUGGCAAAGGUAUUCUAAUUUUGACAGCGUUUUUAAGAGUUGUAGCAUUAGAACUAAGUACUUGCUUAUGGGCUUCUAAUGGUAAACUGGGUAAUAUCGGAUUAGUGGUGUCAUUAGAUGUACAUUGGCUAUCAGAUGUCACUACGGACAUAACAAGCAAAUUAGCAUUCUUUGUUGGUAUUUCAGAGUACUGGAGAACAUGAGAUAGGGUAGCUGCAUCAGUGGAUCCAGCAGCUGAUGCAUCGUGGUUUUUUGUGAUCUCAACAUCUUUAUUUACGUUCAAGGUACGUUUUUGUGUAAGCCUUUAAUUGGUGGUCUUAUC